GACGGCUCCGAGACCAAGGGCGUCGACCAGGGCGCUGACGACGGCACGGACGGCUCCAAGGGCCAGAUCGUCGGCACUGGUGCGGCCGCCAGCGGAGCCGACAUCAACGCACGCCGCACUGACACCGUUGUUGAGAUCGACGACAGCGACGACGCCCGUGACAAGGACGUCGGCGCCAAGAGAAGCUCAGCCGAUGCGGCCAUCGAUGACAGCGACGAUGCGCCCCUCGCCCAGACGAAGCACCAGCGUCGCAGCCCCGACGUCGCGGGUGCUGGCGACGCCAGGGACACGUUCGAGGACAAGCGCUGCUCCAACGACUACGACAAGUCCCAAGGCAAGGGCGGCGACACCGAGAUCGGCAAGGACAACUGCGACGGCGACCACGGCACGGACAUCGGCAACAACAAGCACGACGCAGACAAGGGCUGCCCCAUGACCUUCGAGGGGGACGGUGCGCCGCCUGGAGCACCUCCACCACUUGAUCAGCCCGCCCCGCACCUCGGCUCCAUCGGCUUGCAGGCGGCGUCUCUCGGUGAGAUCGGCUUGCAGGCGGCGCCGCUCGGUGAGAUCGGCUUGCAGGCUGCGCCGCUGGCGGAGAUCGGCUUGCAGGCUGCGCCGCUGGCGGAGAUCGGCAUCCAACAGCUGGGGUCUCAGGACGCGCCGUCGCGGGACGAGGUCGCCAACUUGAGUCAGCUCCCGAAUGGCCCCAUGCGCUCCAAGGAACCACAGAGCUUGUCCCAGCUGAUCUCCAAGCUGACUGCCAUCUACAGUCAGGCGCAAGGCGACGCGAAGUUGACGGCCGUCCAGAAUGAAUACUUUAACAAGCAGGCUGAGGAAUAUUCCAAGACGAAAGACCGAUUCCUGGAAGAAGCCCAUGUAACAGGCGUCGUGCCGUCGAGGGGCGCAUUGGGCAACCGCUUCCAGACCUACUUGGAUGCGAACCCAGAGGAGAGAAAGAAAUACGAGACCUCCAAAGGGAACAUCGCGAAAGCAGACUUCCGCAAGAGGUGGUUCGAUGAGGAGUGGGUAAAGUACAAGAAGAGGCACACUGUGGUGGAGAAUAUGGCGGAGUGCUGGGCUGACUUCGGCACCUACGAGCCGUUCGAGGUCAUUGCAGGUAAAGAGUCUGGGACAGGGAUCACGUCCUCGGGAGCGGAGGCCGCGCUCAAUAUCUGCCUCAGUUGCAUCAAAUUGGGCGGAUAUUGGUGCAAGUACAACUGGCAGAGCAAACGCAUGGAGUACUUGUACAUGAAGUCGGGGUACAAAUACAAAUUCGAGAAACAAUACACCGAGAUCACUGAGAUGAUGGACAAACAUGCCGCAACUCCAACCGCUCCAACGGCCCAACCGACUCCAGCUGCUCCAACGACAAUCGCGGAUGGCGGAACGGCUCCAGCGGCCCCAGCAGUUCUGGAAGGAGGAUGCAACGUGGAAGUCAAGACGAAGAAGCGCCACAGCGAGCAGGUGACAGCACCACAGCCGACACCAAGGUCGAAGAAAAUGCCGAAAGGAAAAGCUAAGGCUAAGGCGGGCACCGCGCAGACGGGCGACCUCGACGGGAAGACUACCGACGCCGAGCAGGAGAAGGAGAGGAUCAAGCAACUCAAGAAGACGCAGAAAGCAAACAUGGAAUGCGCGCAGACGUCCAUCUCGGAGUACGGACAGACCGUGACCCAAGCGAACCUCAUCCUGGAUAACAUCAAGUCGCUGCCCGAGUGGAAGUGGGCCAACAACUCCGAGGGCGUGUCGGGCCUGCAGGAGAGCCUGAACGCGCUGGUCUCUGCCGCCAUGGGGAGCCAAUUCAUCAAGGAGAUAUUGAUCACUGACAUCGCAAAGGUGAAGAGCCAGAUGGCGGAGGAGACCUUCGACGAGAAGAUCCUGUCCGUGACCCCUGCCCUGGAGUCGCCGCUGAAGAAGCUCAAGGCCGAAAUCACCUGCUUGCAGAACAUGCAAGCGGAGAAGCAGAG